AGUCCUAAGAAAUUUGCAAUAAAAACGUUAAAAAUAAAAAAAUAAAUAUAUAAAUUUGUAUUGUUGUUACGUAUUGAUGAUUGUUAAGUUAUUGCGUGUGAAAUAAAUGGAUUAGAUAUUAAAUAUUAAAAGAAAUACAGGGCGAAAUAUAUAUACGAGCACAAUCGUGCGGUACACGCGCAAAAGAUUAUAAAUAUUUCGAUGGUGCGUAACAAAACGCAAUCGACCUCAUCGUCCUCCUCAGGCAAUGCUAGUGGCAGUGCAAGCAAUAGCAGCAGUAGUACCAAGUCUCCAAUCCGCCAGAACAGCGCCAGCAAUAACAAUAUAAACAGUGGCGCGCGAACACACCGCAAAUCUUCCAGUACCUGCAGUGUUGCAUUAGCUGACGAUUCGAAGCCAACAUCGUCGUCAUCCAGUCGGCGUUCGCAACCACAAGUUAACACCAAUACCACUACUCAUACAGACGAGGAAACUGACGGAGAAUAUGACAGAACCCCCACUGGCGGCGCCCCAUCGAUCAGUUCUGUGCACAAACAAAAUCUUUAUAUCGUUUCAUUUCCCAUAAUUUUCCUCUUCAAUAUAUUGCGUUCGCUGAUUUAUCAAUUGUUUUGUAUAUUUCGGUACGUAUACGGAGCUAGCACAAAAGUGAUCUAUCGGCCACAUAAGCGGGAGUGUAAUAUUGAGAUUGUUGUCGGUUCCAAUAAUUCGUUUAAGAAUUCCCAAAAUGAAAACAAUUUAACAAACGAUAUUGACAAAAAUCAACUCGUACAAUAUCAAUCACGCAAUUCUGCUUUAGCUACUUAUCCGCUAGUCGGAUCAGCUGGAAUUGGUAUAGGUAAUAUUGCUGCUGUCGGUGGCCAACAGCGUUUUCGUUCUGCUCAACAAUUAGAUAUGUCGGGUAGGGGGAAUACAUCUAGUUCACCCGGUCCAGGUGAUCCACUACUGGCUAAACAAAAGCAUCAUCAUCGCAGAGCGUUUGAGUAUAUUUCAAAAGCGUUAAAAAUAGAUGAAGAAAACGAAGGUCACAAAGAAUUGGCUAUAGAAUUGUAUCGUAAAGGUAUAAAGGAAUUGGAAGAUGGAAUUGCAGUUGAUUGUUGGAGUGGACGUGGUGAUGUGUGGGAGCGUGCACAGCGGCUACAUGAUAAAAUGCAAACGAAUCUUUCCAUGGCGCGCGACCGCUUACACUUUUUAGAAUUAAGAGAAGAGGAAUUGAAAUUGCAUGCUCUUGAACUUAAUGAUACUGAAGUACAAACAAAUAAGGUAUUGGCGGUUUCACCAAUGGUGGUCAAUGGCACCGAACAUAGGAACUCCCAAACCCCACGUACGGCCUUAGUAAAGAUUGGUUCAAGAUUACCUUCCACAAUUAAUCAGAAUAAACCUAAAAUUGUUAACAAAAUAAGUUUGAUUAAUCCUAAGCCGACAGCCACAUCGGGAGUCAAAAUCUCUGCGGCAGCUUCUGGCAGAAAAUUAACGGUUAGCUCAAAACGUCCAGGUAAUCUGGCCGUAAUUAACAAGUCCCAAACUUUACCACGUAAUUUGGGAUCGAAAAAUGCGAGUAGCACAGCGGUGCAAAGGCAACCAGUUAAAACUGCAGCCACACCGCCAGCAGUGCGCAGACAAUUUUCAUCUGGCAGGAAUACGCCUCCACAACGAGCUCGUACUCCUAUCAAUACCAGCUCCAACUAUAGCGGUCAAAGCAGCAGUAGCGCCUCCGCAGCUGCGGUCACAGUUAAAGGAGUGGAACAAAAAUUGGUUCAAAUAAUUUUAGAUGAAAUCGUGGAAGGUGGUGCAAAAGUAGAGUGGUCUGAUAUAGCCGGACAGGAAGUGGCUAAACAGGCUUUGCAAGAAAUGGUUAUCCUGCCAUCAGUGCGUCCAGAGCUUUUCACAGGAUUGCGUGCACCGGCUAAAGGUCUUCUCUUGUUUGGACCUCCAGGCAAUGGUAAAACAUUAUUGGCACGUGCCGUCGCAACAGAAUGCAGUGCAACCUUUUUGAAUAUCUCUGCAGCAUCGCUUACCAGUAAAUAUGUGGGCGAUGGUGAAAAACUAGUGCGUGCACUAUUCGCGGUGGCACGUGAAAUGCAGCCGUCAAUAAUUUUUAUCGAUGAAGUUGAUUCGCUACUUUCAGAGCGUAGUAGCAAUGAGCAUGAGGCUUCGCGCCGACUUAAAACUGAAUUUUUAGUUGAGUUUGAUGGUUUGCCUGGCAACCCAGAGGGUGAUCGUAUUGUCGUUUUGGCCGCCACAAAUCGACCUCAAGAAUUGGACGAGGCAGCUUUGCGACGCUUUACCAAACGUGUAUAUGUGUCACUGCCUGAUUUAGAUACACGCGAACUAUUAUUGAGUCGUCUGCUAGAGAAACAAGGUAGUCCACUUGGUACGGAGGCCUUACGUCGAUUGGCAAAACUUACAGACGGUUAUUCGGGCUCCGAUUUAACGGCACUAGCAAAGGAUGCUGCACUCGAACCCAUUCGCGAAUUAAAUAUGGAGCAAGUCAAGUGUUUAGAUAUUAGCGCAAUGCGACCGAUAACCGAGAAUGAUUUUCAUAAUUCAUUAAAACGCAUAAGACGUUCUGUUGCAUCACAGAGUUUAAACUCGUAUGAAAAAUGGUCACAAGAGUAUGGUGAUAUAACUAUUUAAGUAUUUAAACUUAGCAAUAAUAAUAAAAUCUGCAGUUUGUGACAUAUAUACACAUGUAAGCAUAUACAUCUAUAUAUAUAUAUAGUAAAUAACGUUCCCACGUUGCAUUCAAAAAUGCUUGAAGAAUAGAAGAAUCACAUAAACUGCUUUUUUCGCAACUAGGUUUAAAUAAAAGCCUUAUACGGAUGCUAUUGCUAACGCUA